GGGGGUCCCAGCCCGUCUCAGCGCUCCCACCCAGGGGGCUCCGGGAGGAUUUGGGGGACACACACACACUUUUGGGGCCCCCAGGCCGGAGGAUUUGCUGAGGGGAGGGAGGAUGGGGGGUGCAGGAGAUGCCGCUUCCUCGGCCAUUCCCAUUCCCCGGAUGACUCCAUCAUUUUGCCAAUUCCUGCCCCCUCCCCUCCCCCCCCCCCGCCAUGGCUGGCUCCAGUCGUGCCCCCCCCCCUUUUCCCGGGGGUUUGGGGGGAUUUUGGGAGCACCCCGACAUCCCGGAGGAACGAGGCCGCGGGGAGGGCGCAGCAUCCCACCCCGCUGCGGGCCGGGAAAGGGAUUUUCCAUCCCUGCACUUAAAAAAAUAACGAUAAUAAUAAUAAUAAAAACAUCCGAGCCGGGGCUCUCGCCUGCGGCAGUGACCUAUUUUAUCGGCCGGCGGAGUUUUGGGGGGGUCACUGCGAGUUGCAGAGGGCAGGCCUGAGCUGGGAGGAUCCACGGGAAAUCCCCUGGGAUACGCCGUGACCACAGACCGCGGUUCCCGGUACCCUGGUGCCUCCCCAUCCCUAAAAGUGCGGGGCUGUGAUUGCCCCAGCGCUGGCUCCGUGCCCGUCACAACACCCCGGGAAGCGUCCGAGAGGCUUUUCGGGAAGGGGAAGAAAGUGCAAGCUUGGAAAAAAUAAGGAAACGACGCUGGCUCAGCGCAGGAGAUGAUGGACGGGAUGGUGGGAUGGGGCUCGGCACCCCCCGGCUGCGAUACUGGGGCUGAUAGUCGAAAAGACGACUGACUACCCUUCUGCUGAGUAUUCCCUGGUGGAGGAUGUAGCCCUCCACUUCACGUGUUUGAUGGACAGACUGAACGAGCAGCGCCUCUUUCAGCCGGACCUGUGCGACGUGGACAUCGUGCUGGUGCAGCACAAGAGCAUCUUCCCGGCGCACAAGGGGGUCCUGGCCGCCUACAGCCAGUUCUUCCACUCCCUCUUCACCCAGAACAAGCAGCUGCAGCGCGUGGAGCUCUCCCUGGAGGCCCUCACCUCGCAGGGCCUCCAGCAGAUCCUCAACUUCAUCUACACCUCCAAGCUGCUCGUCAACUCCUGCAAUGUGCAGGACGUGCUGAACGCGGCCGCCGUGCUGCAGAUGAACAACAUCGCGUCGUCCUGCCAGGACCUGCUGGACACGCGCUCGCUCAGCCUGGCCACCGACAUGGCCCUGCCGGCCGAGGGCUGCGCGGGGCCCCCGCCCUACUACUGCGAGAUCAAGCAGGAGGUGGACGCCCCCCCGCACCCCAAAAUCUACGCCCGGGAGGGCAACGACCCCUUCUCGGUGCGGGUGGAGGACGGGACGGGCGGCGGGGCGCUCCCCGCCGGCCCCGCCAAGCAGUACUACAAGGAGGAGAAGGACGGCGGGGCCGGCGCCGUGUGCAAGAUGGAGGGAGAGGAGUCCGAGGAGGACCUGGACAGCCAGGGCUCCUACAACCGCGAGCAGAUCAUCGUGGAGGUGAACCUCAACAACCAGACCCUCAACGUCUCCAAGGGCACGGAGGGCAAGGCGGCCGCCAGCGAGGCGGCCGUGAUGGGGCGGCCGGACGGUGACGGGCAAGACACGGAGGAGGACGGGGAGGAGGAGAACGAGGAAGGGGAGGAGGAGGAGGAAGAGGAGGAGGACGCGGAGGUGGGCGAGGAGGAGGAGGAGGAGCGCAGCGAGGAGGAAGAGCUGGAGGAGACGACGGAAGAAGAGGAUGAUGAUGACGACGAUGAAGAUGCGUCGGAGAUGAAAAGGGAAAAGGGUGGGCAGCCCCGCCGGGGUGGCCGGGUGUCCAGGGCCACCAAACCCACCAUGGCAACCCGCUCCCAGGAGAUGGCCAAGGCGGAAGAGGAGGAGGAGGAGGAAGAAGAAGGCCAGCGAGGGAGGAAGAGGAAAAAGGAACAGGAUGGUUUGGGGCAGAAGGUGAAACUGGAGGAGAAGCAGCACUACCCGUGCAAGAAGUGCCCCCGGAUCUUCAACAACCGCUGGUACCUGGAGAAGCACAUGAACGUCACCCACAGCCGGAUGCAGAUCUGCGACAAGUGCGGGAAGCGCUUCCUGCUGGAGAGUGAGCUGCUCCUGCACCACCAGACCGACUGCGAGAAGAACAUCCAGUGUGUGACGUGUGGGAAGGGCUUCAAGAAGCUCUGGUCUCUCCACGAGCACAACAAGAUCGUCCAUGGCUAUGCAGAGAAGAAGUUCUCCUGCGAGAUCUGCGAGAAGAAGUUCUACACCAUGGCCCACGUGCGCAAACACAUGGUUGCACACACCAAGGACAUGCCAUUCACCUGUGAGACCUGCGGGAAGUCCUUCAAGCGCAGCAUGUCCCUCAAGGUCCACUCGCUCCAGCACUCGGGGGAAAAGCCUUUUAAAUGUGAGAACUGCAACGAGCGCUUCCAGUACAAGUACCAGCUGCGCUCCCACAUGAGCAUCCACAUCGGCCACAAGCAGUUCAUGUGCCAGUGGUGUGGCAAGGACUUCAACAUGAAGCAGUACUUCGAUGAGCACAUGAAAACACACACAGGCGAGAAGCCCUACAUCUGUGAGAUCUGUGGCAAGAGCUUCACCAGCCGCCCCAACAUGAAGCGGCACCGCCGGACCCACACGGGGGAGAAGCCGUAUCCCUGCGACGUGUGCGGGCAGCGCUUCCGCUUCUCCAACAUGCUCAAGGCCCACAAGGAGAAAUGUUUCCGCGUCAGCAACCCCCUGGCCUCGGACACGGCUGCCCCCCAGCCCGCCACCAGCCCCGCCCCGCUGCCCCCCGGCCCCGGCGUGUCCCCCCUGCCCCUGCCGCUGCUCCAUCCUCUCCCACAGACCCUCCCUCCUCCUCCUCACCUACCGCCGCCCCCUCCCCUGUUCCCCGCGGGGAGGAUAAAUUCCAACAACAACUAGGUGCCCCCCCACCCCCCUGGCCAUGCGCCUGCACGGACUGCUCUGCCCUUUGGGAAUGCCUCCCCUCCCCGGGGAGACAAGGCUUUGCUUGCUCUCUACCCCACCCCCACCCCCACCUUCCUCCUCGUUUUGGGGUUGUUUUGGGGUUUUUAUUCCUUUUUCUCAUUCUCCGCAGAGAAGGGGAGCAGGAGGAGGCCUCUCCGGAGGAGCGUGGGUGUUGGGGGGGAACCCCUGUCCGUCCGUAAGGGUGUAGGUAAAAGCUGUCACUCUCCGUUUCAUCUGCAGCUCCACCUUUGUCCCGGGAUGCUGGCGGGGCUGGGAAGAGCAGGGUGCCCUGAUAUCCGGCGCUGGGCGAACGAGUUCCUGCCGGUGCCUCGGUAUUUCUGAGCUGAAAUCUAGUUAGUGGUGCUUGAAUCCCUGUACUGUAAAGCUGGUCUUUCAAUUCAGGCCCUUCUCCCGCCAGGCUGAGGGGUGGGCUCCGUGGAGGAGCCCCGAUGUCCCCAUUGGAAAGCCAUCAGCACGCUCUCCUUAGCAGGCCUCGCCACAUCUUCCUUCUUUGUGCUGGGUUUUCCUCCUCCGCAGGCAAAAGCACAAACACCCACAUUGCAUUUCGGGGCGUCUGCAGCUCGCUGCCGGUUCAUUUUUGGGGUGCCCUAAGUGUGCCGGGCUCUGGUGUGCCCUUUCUGCUGAUCCCAGUGGGAGCUGUGCUCCUGGGGAUGGUCUGGAGUUGGCGAGCUGUCCCUGGGAGGGUUCAGAUGGCUUCGGGACCGGCGGGAGGGUGGCCUGGGACAGAGGAGCAGGACGAUGCUGUUCCUCGACAGCAUCGGCCCAGAAUAGUGCCUUAACAAUCUGAAGAACCCCUGAGUGGUGGGUGAGCUCCAAGCUGGGCCCCGUUGCGAGGUCUGGAGCUAAAGCAAGACCUCGUUCAGCCCGGUGACAGUGUCCUAUCCUUCAGCUUGUUGCCUGCGUUGCUCUGCUAAGACUGGCCUCUCCUUGUGGGUUUGGUAUCCAUUGCCCUGCCCUGAGCUGGGGGGACCAGAGAGAACCAGUGAGGGCUGUGGGUGUUUUGGCGAUGCCCUGAAGUGUUGGCUAGUUGAAAUUGUUGAAGUUGGGCCGGUCUUUGGUUUCUCUUAGGAAUAAUAUGCCUGGCCUCAUGCUGGCAGAGAAGAGGAAGCCUUUCUUGUCAUCUUUUUGUUGGACACUGAGGUCCCAACUGGGUUUCUCGCUGCUUUUCUCUGCUCCAGGGUGUCAUGUGUUGGUCUGACCAUGGUUGUAUGGUCUGUAGGUGUCCCCUUUGGGGUCAGAGAGCAUCCAGCACAGGCAGAGAGGUGGGGUGUGUUGCAGCUGAUUCCUUGCUCCCAAGGCCAGCGUUGGGGGCAAAUGCGGGCAUGGAUCAUGUCAUGGAGGAGGUGAUGAGCAGAGCUCUUGGUAGAUAAGAAGGAAGAGAGGUCCCUGAGUGGGCUGCAGGAGCCCUGUCUCGUUUGCACCUUGCUCUGGGUGACAGCAGAGUGCUGGGGACAGUGAGACACACAGGGCUCUGUGAAAGGUCCUGGUGCUUCACCUCCUGGACCAAAUCAGCACAGCACUUGGGCAGGGCUGAGGCUGCCCCUGCAGACAUGGGAGGAGUCAUCCCCCUGCUCAGGGGCUUUGCUGACCAGGGACAUGCAGGAGCCUGACAGGGACAGGACAGGGGAGCUUCUGCCAUGGUGCUGAGUGCUCUCUGAGGUGAGUGGCCAGCUGAGCGCUGUCCCCUCGUGCUGAGUGGUGCCCCCCACGCCUGGCAUCUCGGGAGAGCUGGCUGCUCUUGUGGAUGUUGGCGUUUCGGAGCAACAGAUUUGCUCUUGAUCCCCAUGUGGGCUGGGAUCCCGUGGAUCCCUGGGACCACACUCGGUACCAGUGAGCUCACCCCUAUCUCCAUCUGCUUUGAGCAAAAGGAGGUUGCUGUGGCAGAGCUGCUUCUCUGUAUGGACCUUCUCAGUGGGCACCAGAGGCUUCCCUAUUGUGCUCCAUGACCUGGGGCUCCUUAGGAUGGUGCAAAGCCUUCCCAAACACAGACCCAUGAGGGAUGGGGGCACUCAACUCUUGGGGCCGUUGGCUUUCUGAAGGGACCAUGAUCCAGACUGGAAGAUGAUUGUUUUAGAGAAGCAUUCAGUGAUACCCGCGGAGGUUUUGGAGUGGUCCAUGCUGUCUCCUCCUCUACUGCCUCCCAGAUCCCCCUCAGGCUUCCCUGUGCCUCUUUCCCCUCAUGCUCAGCCCAGAGACAGGAUGGGAGCACUCUGGCCUGAGGGCUUGUA